GCAGGCGGGGCGAGCGUACCGGAGAGAGUCCGGGAUCGGGGCUGCGACCGAGCGCUCCUGCACCGGAGACGGGUUGGGACCCAGCCGCUCCUGAGUCGGAGAACGUCUGGAACGGGGUUGGGAUCGGGCCGCCGCCGCACGGGAGAGCCCCAAGCACCGCUAGGGGAGCCCUGACCGCCGCUCGGCACCGGCAGAGCCGCAGAGGGGCCCGAGUCCUGCCCCGAGCGGGACUGCGGGAGGGAGGGAAAGAGCCAGCGGAGCCCGGUGCGGCGCCGCCAGGGAGCGGGAGCCGCGUCCAGCCCGUGACCCGCCGGCAGUGGCGGCCGGUGCCCGUGUGCUGGUCCGUGCCCCGGGAGCCGCUAUGGCCUCACAGAACGCCGACCCCGCCGCCGUGUCCAGCGCAGCCGCCCACAAAGCGGCUGAGACCGGGGCCACGGCGGCCCGCGGCGCGGUGGGGAAGAGGCUGCAGCAAGAACUGAUGGCGUUGAUGAUGUCCGGUGACAAAGGCAUUUCUGCCUUCCCCGAGUCCGACAACCUCUUCAAGUGGAUCGGGACCAUUGACGGCGCCGCCGGGACGGCCUACGAGGAGCUGCGGUUCAAGCUGUCGCUGGAGUUCCCCAGCGGGUAUCCCUACACAGCACCCACCGUGCGGUUCCUGACCCCCUGCUACCACCCCAACGUCGACACCCAGGGCAAUAUCUGCCUCGACAUCCUCAAGGAAAAGUGGUCAGCGCUGUAUGAUGUCCGCACCAUCCUGCUCUCCAUACAGAGCCUGCUGGCAGAGCCAAAUAUCGAGAGCCCUCUGAACACACAUGCCGCCGAGCUCUGGAAGAACCAAGUCGCCUACAAGAAGUACGUGCGGGAGACGUACAACAAGCAGACCAAGAGCCAGGAGACCUGACCGUCACCACCACCCCUCAACACACCCCUUCCCUCCCGGCCAUCCCCCGCGUUCUGUAUCAUAGGCUGUUUUUAAAUUAAUGUCGCAGUCCGAGCCACGGUUAAUGUAUAAAUAAAUGCAGGUUUAUAACUUC